CGUGACACCAACAUGGCUGCGCGCAUGUGAAAGUCAUGCUACACCUCAUCGGAAUUACUAUUCGUUGUUUUGUUUUUUAAGUCACCAUUUAUUAGGAACCAGUAGCAAGCGGGCUAAUAUUAGCGUCUACAUAUAUUUUAUUUUAAAGACACACUGUAAUCUAGACUGUUAUGGACCCCGACGGACAAUUACGGAAUCUUCGCGACUUCCUCUUGGUUUAUAAUCGAAUGACCGAAAUUUGCUUCCAGCGAUGCACGAACAAUUUCAACUACAGAAAUCUCACAAUGGAUGAAGAGCACUGUGUGGACAACUGUGCUGGUAAACUAAUCCGUUCCAACCAUCGCCUCAUGGGCACGUAUGUGAAGCUGAUGCCUGCCAUGGUCCAACGGCGAAUGGAGGAGAUGGAGAGCAAAGCUGCAGAAGCAGCAAAGGCAACCGAAGCAGUAAGCCCAGUGGAGCCUCUCGCUGGAGGUUUAAAUUCAUCAGAAUCCCCAUCCACAGCCAUAGCAUCUACCCUUGCCACACCUUCACUAGGUGUGCCGACAGCCACAUCUGCUGCAGAACAGGCAGGGACAGCAGCUAGCAAUGGCACAGUUCAAUCUGCACCAUCACUGUCUACAAAUGAAGGAUUGGUUUCACACAUACCAAUCCCAGUUGUUACAGAAAGUGCACACACACCUUCAGCUAAGCCACCAGUAGUAGUCCCAUCCAAGCAAGCAUCCGUAGAAGUGACCUCUCCACUUUUAGAGGGACUGAAGGUCUCUACCCCUCCUGUAAAUCCCAGUGUACCAACACAAGAGUCCCUCUCAAGUAUUACGGCAGACGCCCCUUUAAGAAAUGUAGAUGUAAACCACAUUGGUGUAGUGAACAGCAGCAUAUCACCACCAGCCCCGUCAAUUCGGUCUACUGGGGGAGACGGACCACCAUCUUAAUGUUGGUUUAUUAAUAGACAGGGACAAGUUUCAUUGCUCAGAGCUGUUAUCUGGAAGCAGGUACAGAGUAAAAUAAUGAGUAUGAAAACUACUUGUGAAGGUGAAAAAAGUGUGAAUUUCAUUAACAUUGUCUUGAGGGACAUGUGUAUUUCCAGUUCCUAAUGAUAGCAAGCAGAGAGGCAACGAAAUAUGACAUUGUUUAGUUGCUGGUGUUCUUCUGUUCACUUCUGAUGUUGGGAAGUAUAUGUGACCAUGUGACUGAAGAGACAAGCAACCAGAAAAAGUAUUGUAUAAUGGUGUUUAGAUGGGUAGAACUACUUCACAUUUUAACAAAAAAUAAAAUAUGUGAUGAUGAAAA